AUGGCCUGGAGUUUCCAGGGGAGAGUCCAGCUCGGGGGACUGUUCCUUUCUUUCCUUGGCUGGGUGUGUUCGUGUAUCACUACCAUCCUGCCCCGGUGGAAGACGCUCAAUCUGGACCUGAAUGAAAUGGAGACCUGGAUCAUGGGGCUCUGGGAAGCCUGUGUGGAUCAGGAGGAGGUGGGCACUGUGUGCAAGGCCUUCGAGUCCUUCCUGUCUCUGCCCCGGGAACUCCAGGUAUCUCGAAUCCUUAUGGUGGCUUCCCAUGGCCUGGGGCUGCUGGGGCUUCUGCUCUCUGGCUGUGGCUCUGAAUGCUUCCAGUUUCGCAGGGUCGGAUGGGUUUUCAAAAGGCGGCUCUGCCUUCUAGGAGGGACUCUGGAGGCAUCCGCUUCAGCCACGACGCUUGUUCCAGUCUCCUGGGUAGCCUAUGCCACCAUCAGAGACUUCUGGGAUGCUAGUGUCCCCGAUAUUGUACCCCGGUGGGAGUUUGGAGAUGCUCUCUAUCUGGGCUGGGCUGCUGGUGUUUUCAUGGCUCUUGGUGGGCUACUCUUCAUCUUCUCUGCCUGUCUGGAAAAAGAUGUGCCUGUUCCUUGGAUGGCUGAUCCCACAGCCCCCCCAGCCUGUGCUCCAGCGGAGGAAUUUGAUGGUUCCGUCUACCUUGCAACACGAGCUACAAACCUGGCCAUCUAG